AUGGCGGCCCAACACGGACCCGAGAACAUUCGGGUCAACUGCGUGGCGCCGGGCAUGGUCUUCACACCCAUGGUGAGAGGCUGGGGCAUGACCGACGAGAUGAGACAGGCGCGGAUCAACCAGAACCUCCUCAGACAGGAGGGAACUGGGUGGGACGUAGGAUAUGGUGAGGAACCACAAGACUGUCAAUGGCUGUCGACUAACGCGGUCUUACCGAUUCUAUUCCUGUGCAGCAAGGAGGCGCGCUGGAUCACGGGCCAUUGCAUGCCAGUCGACGGUGGUACCACAGCCGGCAGAGCAGACCGGCCAGCUCUCAAGGCAGACACACUUGCAAAGAAGAACACGGGCAUACCGAACGGGCAGUCAUAA